AUGAAUUAUCUAGAUAAAAAUACUAAACGGCACCAACUUUUACAGAUUUUUAUUGCAAUUUUGGGUAUAUUAGGCUCAGUAUUAGCUAAUCCAAGUGGAAUACCCUUACCACCGUGUAUACAUGGACAUGCGGGUUAUGCUUAUCCUCCGCCUGUAGUAAAACUCUCAGUAUCACCAGCAGUGAACGCUUAUGCUGAGCAUGGUAAACUUCAAUUUUCAUCCAGUGGUUCAUCAUAUGAGUCGACAAAUUUAUUGAAACCAUCUGUAACAUAUGCUGGAGAAGCGGGAAUAACAUAUGCUGAAAAAUCACCAGCUUCAAAAUAUGCUGCAGUUGUUCCAUCAGGAAUCGAAUUUAACAAAGUUGUCGUACCAACCAUAUCCAAGUCAAUUACACAAAUAUCAAAUGCUUAUUUACCACCAGCAGCUCCACUUAUUUCGAAAAUUGAAACUUAUAAAGCACCUGCUGUAAAAUAUACUCAUACCUCACCAUCAAUAUCCAAAAUUGAAACAUAUUCAUCAUCAUAUUCUGAUGGCUACUCAUCAGGUUAUUCAGUUCCUGCAGUUGGAAAACUUUCGACUAUUUCAACAGGUGCUAAUCAUGCACUUUUUACUUCAAGUGAUCUAUCGGGAAAAGGUGCACUUUCUUAUGCUCCCACUUAUUCCAAAAUUUCACUAGAUGAAGGCCUGUCGAAAUAUGGUUCAUAUGGUGCAUUGUCACAUCAGCAUGUAUCAAAACCCAUAAUAUCAAGCAGUUAUGUACAACCGGUGGCAAAAGUCUCUUAUGCUGCACCAAUUAUAUCCAAGGUUGAGAGUUAUGCUGCUCCAACUAUAACUCAAUAUUCGUCUUCAUCCGACAUAGGCACUAGUAAAUACGUGUCAAGUGGUGCUGUUUCGCAUCAACAUGUGUCGAAACCGGUAACAUCUGCUUAUGUUGCUCCUGCUGUAUUAAAAGCUGCCUAUGUUGCUCCUGCUGUCGUAAAAACUGCCUAUGUUGCUCCUGCAGUUGCUAAAUUGCAGAGCUAUGCAGCACCUGCGGUUACUCACUACGCAUCAGGACCUUUAUUACCCAAAGUUUCUGUUUUAUCUGAGUCUUCUUCACAUUAUGGAGAAAGUGCCAAAUAUUCUUCUUCUGGUGCCGUUUCACAUCAGUAUGUAUCAAAGCCAGUCGAAUCAAAGGCUUAUAUCACCCCAGCAGUAGCUAAAGUAGCUUACACAGCACCUGCAGUUACUAAAGUAGAAAGUUAUGCGACACCUGUUGUCGAACAAUAUUCUUCCGGUCCUGCAUUAGCUAAAAUCGAAACUGUUGGCAAAUAUUCAUCAGCUGGUGCAGUUUCUCAUCAAUAUGUAUCAAAACCAGUAAUUUCUACGCCAGUAGUUGAAAAAGUGGCAUAUGCCGCUCCAGUCGCUGCUAAAGUUGAAACCUAUGCUGCGCCUGUAGUAACACAAUACUCAUCUAUUCCAGCAGUUACUAAAUUUGAGAAAUAUUCUUCAUCAGGUGCAGUAUCACAUCAGCAUGUGUCAAAACCUAUAGUAUCAGCUGCAUAUCUCGCUCCUGCUAUUGCUAAGUAUCAUAACCAUCAAGCAUGUGUCCCAAAAACCUAUACUGUAUCGGAGACGAGGAGUUAUCUCGCUCCUGCUAUUGCUAAGGUAGAACAAACUGCUCCAGCAAUUGUCUUAUCGGAUUAUUCAUCACACUCUGGUGCAAGUGGAGCUAAAUAUUCAUCAGCUGGCGCAGUGUCGCACCAAUAUGUAUCGAAACCACUAGUUUCUCUACCAGUAGUAGAAAAAGUGGCAUAUGCCGCUCCAGCCGUUGCCAAACUUGAAAGCUAUGCAGCGCCUGCUAUAACUCACUACUCAUCUGGUCCUGCGAUAGCUAAAGUUGAGAAAUAUUCUUCAUCAGGUGCAAUAUCCCACCAGUAUGUUUCAAAACCAGUAGUUUCAGCAGCCUACGCCGCUCCAGCGGUUGCUAAAUUGGAAUAUGCUGCCCCGGCAAUUGCAAAAGUAGAAAGCUAUUCGUCUGGACCUCUGGUUUCAAAAAUUUCUACAAUAUCAGAUUCUUCGUCCCACUCUGGAGGAAGCUAUGCAAAAUAUUCAUCAUCUGGCGCCAUCUCUCAUCAAUACGUUUCAAAGCCAGUACUUUCGGCUGCAUAUGUAGCUCCUACUGUCGCUAAGGUAGCAUAUGCUGCUCCUGCAAUUGCAAAGGUAGAAAGUUAUGCAGCACCAGAAGUUACUCACUAUUCGUCUGGUCCAUUGUUAUCUAAAGUUUCCACAUUAUCGGAUUCUUCAUCUCAUUCUGGAGAAAGCAUUACCAAAUACGGAUCAGCUGGAGCGGUGUCCCAUCAAUAUGUUUCAAAGCCAGUAGUUUCAUCAACCUACUCCGGUUCAACUAUUGCUAAGGGAGCUGUAUAUGCUGUUCCUACAAUUGCAAAGGUAGAAAGCUAUUCAUCUGGACCCUUAGUAUCAAAAAUAUCAACAUUAUCCGAUUCUACUUCGCAUUAUAGUGGUGGUUCUGCCAAAUAUUCUUCAUCUGGUGCUACUUCUCAUCAAUACAUUUCAAGGCCUAUAAUAGCAAAGGAGAUAUACGAAGCACCAACACUUACUAAGGUUGAAAGUUAUGAUGCACCAGCGAUAACUCAUUAUUCAUCAGGACCUGCGAUUGCUAAGAUUUCUACUAUUUCAGAUUCCAGUCUUCAUUCUGGUGCAAGUUUAUCAAAAUAUUCUUCGUCUGGUGCUGUUUCGCACCAAUAUGUUUCCAAACCAUUAGCAUCUGCUGCAUAUAUAGCUCCAGCAGUUCAAAAAGUUGCUUAUACAGCACCUGUAGUUGCAAAAGUUGAAAGCUAUUCUACUCCAAUAGUUUCCCAUUAUGGUUCGGCUGGUGCUGAAAUAAGUAAAAUUUCUUCUGGAGGAGCAGUAUCACAUCAACAUGUAUCCAAGCCAGUAGUAUCUAUAGGAUAUGCUGCGCCAGCUGUGGCGAAACUGGCAUAUACCGCUCCUUCAUUAACACAAUAUUCAACUGGUCCGGCAAUCACGAAAAUUGACACAUCACUUCAUUCUGGUAUAGAAAACUUGAAAUAUACUACUGGUGGAGCAAUAUCUCAUCAAUAUGUGUCGAAACCUAAUACACUUUUAAGCGGUGGUUUACUAUCAGAAGGCAACGGCAAAUUAGGCUUAGAAUCAGGCAAACUUCUUAGUUCAAGCGGGUCUCAUGGCUCUUACUAUGGAACACUAGCAGUGCAACAUCAAGGAGGGCACACAGGUUACGGACAAUUAACUCCAAUCCAUGAUUUUUCACACGGAUUUGGUGGCUUAGGAUCUCACGGAGCAGAUUACUAUAGGUAUGCGCCCGGUAUAACGACAGUUGGUGGACAUCAUACUUCUUUUAUACAAGAGCGACCCAAUCCUGCACAUACACUAAUUAAGUCUGUGUCCGAUAAACACUUAGAAUAUUUCAAUUUGCAUCCGAGAUAUGCGUUCGAAUACAAUGUGAACGAUAUACACACUGGUGAUAUUAAGCAUCAAAAAGAGGUACGUGAUGGAGAUGUGGUUCAGGGCGAGUAUUCGCUUGUUGAACCUGACGGUAAUGUACGUACUGUUAAGUACUACGCCGAUUGGGAAACGGGUUUUCAUGCUGAAGUCAUUAACAGUCGCGAUGCUGCAAAAAAAAAUAUAGCUAAACGCAAUUCAAAUAAAUCAUAAAACUUGUAAAUAAUUC